AUGGCGAUUGGAAGACCGUGUUUCGCACCUGCCCAGAACUGCUCUCCUCCCGACCUCAAAGUGCCCAUUAAGCAGCUCGAUACUGCCGAGUCCUUCCACGCGGCCGUGCAGCAACACGAUGUGGUACUAAUCGACUUCUACGCAGUCUGGUGCGGGCCAUGUAAAGUCCUUGCCCCUGUGAUAGAACGAUAUUCGAAUGACGAAAAAAUCGAUAAAGUCUUUUUCGCCAAGAUUAACGUGGAUGACGGAAAAUGGAUAUGGUGUCCGUGGCUUUAUAUGGUGGGCCAUGAUCCGAUCUGCCUAGAUAGGCAAUAA